GUAAGUUUUGAACAGAACGAAACAGGAAGAUCUGAUAUCCAUACAUCAAGGAAAUUUGUCAUGGACAAAUUGUGGGAGAAAGCAGUGACCAAUACUGGCAUUCCAUAUUACAUCAACCAUAUUUCAGAGAGGACACAAUGGGACCACCCAGAGUUUGUCAAAGCGUUAUGGAUGCUGGACGACCUGGGCAGCAUCCAGCUUGCAGAGUACAGGGCAGCCAUGAAGCUGAGAAUGCUGCAAAAACUCCUCAACUUGGAUUUCGUUGACCUGUCAACAAUCAAUUCAGCUUUUGAGCAGCAUGGUUUCCCUUGUCGCAGCGACAGCUUUCUGAGCAUUUCUGAGCUGUACAGCAUCAUCUAUGAGGUGUUCUAUAUGACGUAUUCCCGUAGACACAGUAGCAUGGUGAAUGUGGAAGCUAGUACAGAUGUAGUUGUAAACUGGAUAUUCAAUCUGUGUGACAUGGGUCGCGCUGGAUACGUCAAAGUUCUUUCUGCCAAGAUAUGCACAGUGGCACUCUGUGCAAGCCAACUCACUGAAAAAUACCAGUACUGGUACCAGCAACUGGCUGACAGAGCAGGGGGCAUCAGUCGUCACAACAUGAUAACCUUCCUUCAAGAUCUCAUUAGGAUAACGGAGCUAAUCAAUGAAAGUGCUUCUUUAGGUAGAAAUGCCGUGGCUGCCGUCAACAGCUGUUUUGCUACGGUAAUCGGAACCACUGUCUCCCAGGAUCGUUACAUGAACUGGCUGAUGGCUGAACCACAGACUAUAGUGUGGUUACCCACAAUGCACCGCUUGGCAGCCUCUGAGAAUAUGAGACAUGAAGUUAAAUGCAACAUCUGCAAGAUGGUCCCCAUCAUCGGACUCCGCUUCAGGUGCAUGAAGUGUCUCAACUAUGACAUGUGCCAGGAUUGCUUCUUUGUCGGCAUGGCAACCAAGAAACACAAACUCUCCCACCCAACUCAGGAGUAUGUCUUCGGGACUUCUUCUAAGGAAGACCUACGAGCCUUUGCCAAGACUAUCCGCAACAAGCUGAGUAAGAAACAUGGCCGCCGUGCCAAACCCAACUACCUGCCCAUAGAUGAUGGUAUCCCAGAUUCCUACUCAUACAGGGAUCCCUUAGAGCGGAAGGUUGACAUGCAUGUUCGCCUCGGCCACAUUUCGGAAAAAUUAGCUGCAGUUGAAGACAUGAAACCGGCCCGUCCAUCCUCUGACACAACUACCCCCUCACCUGAUAGUUGGACACGCCCAUCUGAAACCUCCCCCGAGUCGGGUAGGUCGUCAUCCAGAGGUCAGAAAUCCUCGGCAGACCGGUCCAAGGAACACAGAGACCUGGAAGACUUGAUAGAUGUGCUGGAGCGAGAAAACGAGGAGCUCAUCAAUGAUAUAGAACAGCUGGUCAGGAGAGGAAAGGCAGCAGCUGUUGACAGCGAACCCAGUGAUGAAGAUGGUGCUGAAAGUAACUAUGGAAACGGGUCCAGUGAUGAUGAGGCAUCGGAUGCGGAGGGAGAAAUGAUUCAAGCCAAGCAGGAAGUACUGGAGGAGCAGAACAGACAGUUAGAGAUGCAGCUGAGGACGCUGAAGGAGCUUCUCAAACAGAAGCAAAGUCCUCCAAAAGCCAGUAAAUCCAUACACGUGCCAAGCCUCCCAGCCCCUCCCCCUCAUUAUCAUACUUCACCCAUGAGUGGCAGACUUGAUCAUACAGCUCCACCCAGGCUACCACCUCAUCAUGCUGUCAUCCAAUCACAACGCAGCAUUGGUAUGACUGAAAAUGGACAUGCUAAUGUUAUUAUUCCUGCAGCGCAUAAUGCCUCAGUGGUCAACCAGUCAGCAGCAGCUGUGCUAAAAAAUGACAAAUACAAAUCCCUUCCCCUUAGCAUGAUUAACCAAUCACCUUUAGGUGCUGUUAAAAAUGACAGAGGAAGUCCCUGCCCACCUGUAAGUUUUGACCAAUCAGGAGUUACACCAGGAACAAACACACAACUAGCCAACGAAACCAUGACUCCCGGAUUGAGUGAUAGCACCGUGGCCCGCCCACGGUACCCCAAGAAUCAGUCUGCAAUGACUCCGGGCACAUUUGCAUCGAGGAGGCUCCUCCCGACCCACCUGACUGACCAAUCAACAGUGAUGUUUCCUAACCUGUCUGCAUCAAGGGUGUUUCCUCCUGAAGAGGCCGCAAUGCAUGAGAUUUUGCAGAGAUUGAACGAUGCUUAUCCUGUGAAUGUACACGAUGAGCCAUCCUCCUCGGAGCUACUGCCACACCCUUCCUACAAGCCACCUCCCACCUUUAUGCGAACUAGGCGGCCUCAUGGAGCACACGAUAAUCCUAAGGACAUGAUUGAUGCAGUAGCCCGCAUCGGCGAUGCCAUGUCAACGCUUGUUGCUAGGGUGACUGACAGACCCUCUGGGAUGUAGAGGUCAACCCGAUUGGAUCAAGGAUCAGCCAGUUGCAAUGCUUUAGCAAUUAAACUCAGGUGUGGAUCAUGGGGCCCAAUUGCAGAAGCUACAUUGCACAGUGAUAUCAUGUUGACUGAGAUUUUUUCACUCGUUAAGAAGCAAAAUUUAGGGAAUACGUAGUCCUGUCCACUUGUCCUAAUCAGUCCAACUUUGAAAACAAAGAGUGUUGAAAAGAGUGAAUAAAAAGGAGAGCUUAUUUCCAGGAUCACCUCAGUGUGCAUUGUCAUGACAUGAAGUCCAUGUAAAUGCAAACGUAUGAUCCAACUCAACAAAAUAAGUCACAGGUUAUCAGAGAUACUUUUGAGUUCUAAGCCUUUACAAGUAUCUUGCACAACGUAAACCACUGGGAACUCUCUUUUUUUACCCACAUAAUGUCCAUUUUCAUGAGGAUACCAAACUUUGUGAUACAUCAAUAAUACAAGGAGUCAAAUUUGCUCCGUCUAAUGCACACCGAAACAACAUAAUGAAAAAUGAUCUUUGUUCUGUUUUGCGGGGGGGACGCGGUCCGUGCCCGUGAACGAAUCUAAUAUGCAACACAGUUUUUCAGAAAGAAUGUGUGUGGUGAUCGUUUCUUGAGAUUUGACACCUUGUUUUGAAUUUUUGUUGAAACAUGCACACUGAAAUUACAUAAGAUUAAUAACAGUCUUGGUUUUUCCUAGCAGGCUGAAUUCAUGGGAUUUAAAUUUCUGGAUAAGAUUUUGUUGCUUUCAUCUUCAUUCUUGUAUGAAUCUGCUUUGUGUUGGGUAUAUUUAUGACUCUGCAGCAAAAUGAAUGAAUUUUAUAAACAGAUUUAUAAACAUUUUACUGAAUGGAUCCCACAAAACAAACGAUGAAUGUCAGUAUUAGAAGUACCAGAAAUUUGAUAUCAUUCCACGAAACUUGGCAUUUCUUGACGUCGUUCUUUCUUAACUCAGACUGGAGUUUAGCAUUUUUAAAACGAGACUGGUCACAGUUUUUUAAAAGAAAGUUUUCUACGGUGUGUAUUCUUUAAUCAGUUUUUUAUAUACAUGUACUACAGUUUGCAGAAUGGAUUUUUGAUCGAUUCUGUCUUUGGAGAGAUAUAUAUUUUUACAACUGAUAUGAGUUCAGAAGUUGGCCUCAUCAUUUUUUGAUGCUAACAUUUGAUACAGUUUUAUAAAUGAUUUUACAUUCACUUGGGGUUUCCACUUUUGAAGCAAAAUGUAUGUUUAAGAUUCAUAUUCAGAAAAAAAAUGCUUGACGUGUCUCACUGGUGUCGUAAAUGCUGUUAAGGCAAGUACAUCAAAUCACCGAGAUAAAAUUAAAAUGGUCAGCUUGUCUGACCAAACAUGAGGAAUAUGGA